AUGGCAGCAAACGAGAAGCACGAGCCCGUUACUUUCGGCGCCAGCGUGCUGCGCUCUCCCAGCCCACUAACCACGCCUUCGCAACCACUCCGCUCCUCGCCCUCCAACGACUCUACCAUGUCGUCUGCCACCGCUACCGCCAACGCCGAACUCGCCGCCAAGAAAGAGUGGGCGGCCGACCCCUCCAACCCAUACUCGGCCUUCUACAAGCACCCAGAGGCCCUCCGCGAGACGCGCCACUCCCUCAACGAGAGCGCGCCCCAGAGCAAGACACACCUCGGCGUUGGUGUCCAUGAGCACGACCUCGAGGGCGGCGUCCCCCUCUCGGUAGCCUCGACACAGCAGCCAUCCAAACACUCCGUCGAUGGCCGCGUCAAGGAAUGCACAAUGUGGCCCACAAGGCAGGCUGUCCUGGACAAGCGGAAGUCGUACCAACGCAAGCGUGGUUGUGCCUUCUUCCGAAACUUGACCAACAAGCAGAGAAUGUGGGCUAAGAUCAUCAUCGCUCUUCUCGUAAUAGGUGCUGCUGUAGGCCUUGGUGUCGGCAUCUCGAGAGCUGUUGGUGGCGGUGUCUGGGCUGGCGAUGGCCGAUCAAAGGAGAUCCCCCAUGGCGACGGACACUGA